CUGUCAAGUGUAAAUAGCUUUUUAUUUAGUCAUGCAUUUGUUCAAAUAACGCCAUACAGAAUUUAAAAAUUCUUAAAUCAUUAAAAUGAGCCAACGAUUAAUCGACGAAGUUGUUACUCAUCAUGUUUCCCUUUGUAAAUUAUUAUCAGAAGAAAAUGAACGAUAUAACAAUUUAUUUGAGCUAAAUGAAUUUGAUAAAACAAUGUCCGAGAUGCAGAUUUAUUUAAGAAAAUUACGCAAUAUUCAGAAAGAAAUGUCAACAUUAACUUCUCAGACACGUGAUCUUCGAAAACGUGCUGAAUAUUUGCAGCAAUUGAAACAGAAAAAAGAUGAAAAUUAUGCCUAUGAAUUGGAACGAAUCAAACAGAUGGAACAAUCGUUGAAGCCGAUCAAACCGUCCACAUCAUCAUCAUCGCCAUCCCAGUCAAGUUAAUGUGAUUCAAGUUGGAUUUUUUCUUCACUCAUACUCAUAACAAAUCGAAAGAAAGAUGAAAAAAACUUAAAAUAAAAUAAAUGCUAUUUUUUCAAUUUUCAAAUUUA